AUGACUCCCUCUCGGAGUCUUUUGAGCCUUCCGCUCGAGCUACUAUCCUACGUCUUUCUCCACCUGUCAACAGAGUCAUUCGUUCAGAUCAUCUGGACCUGCAAGCAGCUCUUCAACUUAGCAAGCCAGAGUCGCGAUGCCGUCCUUCUCCAUCUCAAUAACGUUCCUGGCAUCAAGCUUGGCUUGAGCACGCACAUGCUCACCACUCCCGAGCUAUUCCUGAUACUCCGCCAGCGAGCUUCUGCAAAUUUGUACGGUGCCGCUAUUCAUGCGGAUUGCAAAGACGUGCGACUGCGUACCGGCACUCUCGAUGCUUCAGCAUCAUGUCUUCGCAACGCCCAAGACUACUUCAACGUCUCGCUCGCUCUCAAGGAAAGUCUCAAGAUCCGUCACUGGAGUGUCAAUUGUCGGAUGCUUAAAGAGCAUAUACCUUCGCCAUACGCUGACGGUACUGGCAAGAUCCUCCAGGUCGUUCAAGGCAAGCAUACUGUCAGCGUCCUAUACAAGUGGAUACCCGACGAAACUCCAGACGAGAUUGCAUGUCAAGCGUCCCCGACCCUACGCCCGCAACCGAGUCAUCUAGGCACUCGUCGGAACACCAUUGGACGAGGCUCCGAUCACUCCUCAGUUCCAGUCACAGAGGAGACACUCAGCAAACAGAAGGGCAGUCGAUCUGGUGUUCAGUAUCAUCUUGUGCACUACAACGCUUACAACUCUGACAGGCCCGAGUUCUUCAUCAUUUUCCCACCGAGUCCGGACGGAGCCCGCCUCGACUGGAAGGAUUCAGAAAGCUUUGGCGAACAGGACCCUAUUCCAGCCCACUUAGCUGUUCACAGCCGCCUCAAAUGUGUCAUCAUUUGGGAUCUGCUUCCGCAGAACUCAAAGCCACCCUACCUCGAUCGACGGACCUCGGUCGUGAUCUCUUAUGUAGCAGACAACCUACCUGUCGCAACGGCAGGAGUCUACACCACCAAGAUCCUAUAUCCGCUCCGAAAACCGGCAAACAUCAACAUGAUGAACAUCGACGAUGACGAUGAUAACGGCGCUCAGGAUUCGCAAGUAUGGGAGGAAAAUCAUAAGUACCUCAAAUCAUGCCGCGCCCGAGCGAGUGCCUUCUCGGACAACGGAAAUCGGCUCAAGCUCUACUCAGCUGGUAGCCUGGCGCCGUACGCGGCCAUUCCCACCCCCAAUUCGUACAUGCCUCACAGAGAAGACCCUUCGCAAGACAGUAGUUGGCGUUUGCAUAACAGGUUCCUAACAGCUCGUGCAAUCUUUCGGGCGGACGCGCCUUUCUACGGCACUCACCGAUACGGCUCGUCAUCUAGUGAAGAUGAUGCCGUGCCUGAGUGCACUCUCAGCUACCUCUUCCUUGCGUGGCGGGCAUAUGAGACCGCGUCGCCCGCAUUGGAUCGGGAGAACGAGACGCUGUACAUCGCGCAGUCCAGCACCUCGGUCGACUCGGAUGACUGCGAGCACCAUAUCUCUCCAGACCUACCCAUCGCAGCCGGCGGAAAUUACACCAGACGCAUCGUUGCACGACUGUGCGGUCUCGCAGAACACUGGGCGCCUACCACCAUGACGGCACUAGACACGAUGUGCGUCAGCAAGAAAGGGACGCGGAUCGCCAUCGCCGUCUGGAACAAAAUUCUCGUCUAUGCACUAGAUCCAGCCAUCUUCGUCGAGCCGUGGGCGGGUGAAGUGACGCAUUCUGAAGAUGGCAGUGACAAUGGCCAUGGCAGCGAUGAUGAAAGCGUCUUCAGCACGCAUUCCGACUCCGAUAACAGCAACGCGCAGAGCAGCAUCGACGCGCCUCCGAUCAUCGAGAUUAUUGAUCCAUUUCGGCUGAAGAUCAGUAGCAAGGCGAUGAUCAAAGCCACUGAGUACUAUACACUGGUCGAUGAUCCAGACUUUGGGGAAAUUGUUGAGUUGUGGCCGGUAGUGCUAGAGUCGCCGGGUGGCGUGGUGGCGCGCAAGAUGAUGUGGGGUAACUCUACCAAAGACGAUGAAGCCGGAGAGGAUGGCUCGGAGGAGACUGACGAGGGAGAAGAGGAGGAUGAGGAGGAGGGGGAUAACAGAAGCAGCGAAAACAACGACACUGUGAGCGAAGCAUCAGUGCGGACAAGCAGACCAUCGAAGUCUUCUCCAGCGGCUUUGAAUGCCAAUGCAGCCACUGCAGGAGACAAUGGUGCAGCCACACACUCCGUCCCAGCCGAUGAUGUUGUGAGCGACCUCGACGACAUGCACCUGGCUUCCGCCACCGAAGACAACGAAGAUGACGAUGCGGACCUGCGUAUCUACCCCACCGACUUCCACCCAGAUCGCCGCAGGGAAGCACGCGAGCAGCUCGCGAAACUCGCUUCGUCACGCGAUGCCAGCGCCAAAGCACCCUCCAUGGCGAUCGCCAACAUCGGCGUCAACAUCAACAGUGAUGAUGAUGACGACAACGUAGAAGAUGUCCCACUCAAUGACCCUUCUCUUGCCGGUAACGGUAGCGUUGCAGCCUUCACAGCGGGAGCGGCCGAGCGCCCCUCCCUCUCGAGGAAUGAGAUACCAGCAGCUGCGAUAUCAAUGUCACCCGUCGCGGAUCGCAAUAACGACAACACCGCCGCCGCCACCGAGUCCGAUGCCGACUGGUCCUCAGGAAAGCCAUCUGAAUUUCCCCGGAGAAGCAGGAAUAAGGGCAAGCGGCCGCUGCGGCCGCGCAGGAAACGCAGGACGGAGGACGAGCUGGUCGUGCUGACGGAUCGCGGGCUGCAGGUUUGGGACCUGGGUGCGAGGGCGAAGGGGAGGAGGGGGAGGCGGUGGCUUUUGGAUGAACCCGGUGGGUAA